AUGCCUCCAAUACCACCCUCCGCGCAGCGCCGUGGGCCGACGUGGAUUGAUAAGAUGAAAAUGGGCAUGUUGAUGGGCGGAACUGUUGGAGGCAUUAUGGGCUUCAUCUACGGUACCGUGACGAUCUUCCAAUAUGGCGCAGGGCAAGCCGGUGUGAUGAGGACGCUGGGGAAAUACAUGCUGGGGUCGGGCAGCUCUUCAUGGGAAUCGGAAGCAUCAUUCGAACAGAUUCCCCUCAGAUGGCAUCAUCAGUAUGGGCGCGAUCACGAUAUCCACCUCUUGUUCACCCCCGACGAGAUCGAUUGUCGAUCAAUCCCCGAUGAUUUGACCCCUGGUUUAAUGGAGAGAAGGGAGAGAAAGAGAAUCGCGACGACGCAUUGUACAUACCCAUCAAGAAGGGAACUGGCCUUGGAAAAGUUGAUUGAUCAUGGACGAGAGCGAUACCCAUAA